ACUAGGUGAUAUUCAUAGCAAAUAGCAUUGCCAAAACUAUGUAGCAAAUUCCUUAUAAAUGGCUCUGCGUAUUUGCUUCCGUUGGAUGUAUAGCAGAUUCUUUUAUUUGAAAAUGGCUAGCAGCAUUAUGAGAAUCAAAACUAUAGCAGCAACCAUUUUCUCGACUUUUAUCUGCCUCCUUUGUUUUCCUUCAACAGUUCUUUCUGAAAUUUCCUUAGGCAAAAUUCAAUUGCCACCAAAUGCCACAGGCCCUGAGGCACUUGCCUUUGAGUUGGGAAACGGAGUGUUCUAUACAGGUAUAGCUGACGGUAGAAUUCUGAAAUAUCAGGGUCGAAGCACUGGUUUUGUUGACUUUGGAUUUACCGCACCUAAGAGGUUAUUAAUCUUUUGCAUAUCAAGCAAAACCAUUCUUAUUUUGUUUUUCUUUAUGGGACAAAGAUCUUGUUUUUGCAUGUUGGUUAUCUGUUCUAACUCUAAUUGUAGGUCAAAGUUAGAGUGCGAUGGCACGGACACUGCCAAUCCCAAUCCUGCCUGUGGAAGGCCACUUGGUAUGGCGUUGCACCACGCAACACAAAAGCUGUAUGUUUGCGAUGCAUUUUUUGGGUUCGGAGUGUUGGGCCCUCAGGGAGGGCUGGCAACCCAACUCUCCACCAGUGCAGAUGGAGAACCUUACCGUUUCUGCAAUGCUGUUGAUGUCCAUCAACUAACUGGAAAUGUCUAUUUCACAGAUGCCAGUGCUGUCUACGGCAUAAGACAAAUCGCUGAAGCAGCAAGGGUCAAAGAUUCGACAGGGAGGCUGUUGAAGUAUGACCCGAAGACUAAGAAAGUGACAGUGUUGUUUAGGAAUCUUUCUGGUGCAGCAGGGGUUGCAGUCGAUGAGGAAGAAGAGUUCGCCCUGGUUUCUGAGUUCUUUAUGAACAGGACUAGAAAGAUUUGGCUCCAGGGUCCAAAAGCCAACAAAUCUGAUAUCAUAAACUCUCAGCCGAUGCCGGACAACAUCAAAAGGACUACAUUAAGGUACAAUUUUUGGCUAGCAGCAGCAAUGGUGAAACAACGCACACAAGCGAUUGUGCCUAUAGGACAAAGGAUCAAUGCAUUUGGCAAUGGUACUGUUUUACAAACAGUUAACCUUGAGCGAUGGUAUGGAAAUAAAUCAGUCAGUGAAGUUCAGGAGUAUGGUGGCCAUCUAUAUGUCGUAUCACGGCUAGUGGACUUUGUGUUGGUGAUUCCAAGCUUUGUAGUUUAAAGGCCUCCUGAAUUAAUAAAAAAAUAAAGUGGCUGAAAAAAUUUGA